GAUUUGGGCGUACAAAGCAACAAAACAAGCUAAGAAAGUUUCGAAAUCUCAAGUAUGUUCUAUUCCAUUUUUCUAUAUCUCUUUUUACAUCUUGAUUGGAAACGAAACGAUACUGCCUUAUUUUUACAGUAUACCAUGUAAUGAAAACGGCAAGAUACGUCAAUGAUAGGUACCAACAUGAUUCUUGAAAAUUCAAUUGUAACACUUACGCCGAUAUCGGAACAAAAGAGUUACCAAGUUACACUUUUGUAACUACGAGCAAUCAUGAAGCUACGUAUUUAUGUUACAAGAAUACCCAGAUAGAUAUCGCAGUGUUCUAUCUGCAACAAGUGGAAAACGACGUUGCAAGAUGGCGCAAUGCGAGGGGCUUCUAACCACCAAUAUUAUCCAAACAGAGAUGUCAAUUUAAAAAAUGAAUAUGACGUGGGAAUCGCGCUAAAAUGCAUCAUUGGUCUUCGCGAGGAGCUUCUAAUAUUCCUCGUUACAUUUUAAAACUGCGGUCUGCCAAAGAGGGAGAUCACAUUGGAUGCUGAGCUGCGGUCAUGUCUUGACGUGGUCUUUUCAUCUUGUCUACGACGUAUAGGAGCUUAGAAUCAUGGGUCUCUUUAUAACAAGCUUGAUAGUCGUCAAGACAGUUGCUUUGGUUAGGCAUAAUAUGACCACAGCUGAGAGAUUAAAUCCACUUUAUCGUGUCUUACGUAUAGAUAGCAAGAGAUCGCGCCAUAGCCCGGACAUUCAGGUUCUGACCGACCAUCACUGUGUUAGUGUAGCAAGCCUCUAUCUGCAAACUGGCCAAUCGAUCUUCCGAAAGUCCAUAAUAAGAAAAUUCCCGCUCACCGUAAUUCGGGUGUCGGAAAACAUCCUGCAAGGGAUUAAAAAAAGGCUCAGCCCGCUCUUAUUCCUCUUUUUUGUACGUGUCCUCCUGUGUAUCUUCGACCAUAUACCAACUUCUAUCAUAACAAUCCACCACCAAAAAGUUGCAAUCAUGGCCGUUGGGCUCGGCGAGAGGCUAAGCGGCUGCCAACGCUGCCAAGAGAUCGAGGAUGAAGAAUCCAAAAAGGAGAACGGCUACGAGGCAUUAGGGAAGAUCUGCACCAAUGGUGUUCAAAAUAUUAGCUUUAAACCCGUACAAAUCUUUUCUCCUCGACUUACUAGAUCAACAAUCCUUCUGGGCUCCAAUCGCAUGAUGCCAUUGCAGCAUUUGGGAAUUCUGUGCAACAUAUACAGCUUCCAAUCUAGGAGACAUUUCGGAAGGUUGGCCAAUAGCAGCAACCUGGGCUUCGACAGGAACAGGUGGUUGCAUACAGGGUACAAAGCUACCUUACUGUCCAGUUUGAAAGCUAAAACCCCGGAUAUUGACCCACUUAAGCCCGUUAAUUCUGGAGCAGGCAGGUGUGCCUGAAAUGCCUUGAAGCACGGCACUGCAGGCGCUACCGUGGAAGGGAUGGGAGCUCCCCACAUUGAAAGCAAUGCUCUGUCAAUCACCAAACCACACGUCAUCUCCAAUUCUCUCCAACAUCGAAUCCACUAUCCACUAUCACCAAUUCAUCGUCAA